CACCAGAAAAUCUUCCCCUCAAUAUCUACAAUUGACAAUCUAGACAACAAUUGGGAUAAAGAUCACAUCAUGCCGACUGAUUCGCAAAAGUACCUCUCGACGAGAGGAGGAGACUACGACCUCUCCUUCGAGACAGUCGUCCUAAAGGGCCUCGCCGCGGAUGGCGGUCUUUUCCUGCCUCACCAAGUUCCAACUGCUGAUGAAUGGCAAAGCUGGAAAGACCUCUCCUACGCAGACCUUGCCCUCAAAAUCCUCAGCCUCUACAUCUCCCCCGAUGAGAUCCCUACCGAAGACUUGAAAGCCAUCAUUGAUCGGAGUUACUCGACAUUCCGCGCGGAGGAUAUCACACCGGUUGUUAACCACCAGGACAACCUGUAUCUGCUUGAGCUGUUCCAUGGCCCGAGUUAUUCUUUCAAGGAUUGCGCCUUGCAAUUCCUCGGAAACCUAUUUGAAUACUUCCUCGUCCGCAAGAACCAGGGCAAGCAAGGCAAAGAGCGACACCACUUGACUGUUGUCGGCGCAACCAGCGGAGAUACCGGCUCCGCCGCUAUUCACGGUCUCCGCGGCAAGAAAGAUGUCACAGUCACCAUCCUCCACCCCAAGGGCCGCAUUAGCCCUAUCCAGGAGGUGCAAAUGACGACCUGCACAGAAAAGAACGUCCACAACCUGGCUGUUACGGGUACUUUCGACGACUGCCAAGACAUCGUCAAGGCCCUCUUCGGCGACGCCGACACAAACAACGCCCUGAAACUCGGCGCUGUGAACUCGAUCAACUUUGCCAGAAUUCUCGCUCAGAUCGUCUUUUACUUCUUUUCUUACUUCCAGCUUGCGAAGAAGUCGUCUUCUUUUAAGGUAGGAGACAAGGUGCGGUUUGUGACGCCCACCGGAAACUUUGGCAACAUUCUCGCUGGUUUCUUUGCUACAAAGAUGGGUCUUCCCGCGGAUAAGCUAGUCGUUGCCACAAAUGAGAACGACAUCCUCCACCGCUUUUGGACAACCGGCCGCUAUGAGAAGCACCCCGUUCACGAUGAAACCAGCAAGUCAGACGGCUGCAAGGAAACUCUCAGUCCCGCCAUGGACAUUCUUGUCUCCAGCAACUUUGAGCGUCUGCUCUGGUUCCUUGCAAAGGAAAACGCGCUCGCAAACGGCUCCUCCCCCCGUGCCGCCACAGAAAAGGCCUCCGAAUCCAUCGUCUCUUGGUACACAUCAUUGAAAACCACCGGUGGCUUCGGCCCCAUCGACAGCGCCAUGCUCGAAGCUGGCCGAAACACCUUCGAGUCCGACCGCGUCAGCGACUCCGAGACUCUCUCGACCAUUCAAUCCUACUACAAGGACUCGCAGUACAUCCUAGACCCGCACUCCGCCGUCGGUGUGACGGCGGCGAAGCGCUCGAUUGCCCGCGCCGCGCAGGGAACGCAUCAUAUCUCGCUGUGCACGGCGCAUCCAGCCAAGUUUGCGGAUGCGGUUACAAAGGCCUUGCAGGGUGAGGCUGGGUUUGAUUUUGAGGGGCAGGUACUUCCCGACGAGUUGAAGGCGCUUUUGAAAAAGGAAACGAGGGUCACCGAAGUUGAGAACUCGUGGGUUGCUGUUAGGGAGAUUUUGAAGGGACAGGUUGGGGAUGAUGCAGAGGCCGAGCGGGAUUAGAGAAGCCUAGAGAGAUGUUUAUGCAUUUGGUCCCAAGAGGGUUAUAAUACUGGGGUUACUGUUGAAUAAAAGUUGAACUGUAGGUAAAUAUAUACCAAAAGGUCUGCACUCCCACAAUUGUCGGGAUUUUCUGCACCAAAAUCUUCAACUAAACGCAAGGUACUGCCUUGAGAUACAUUAACGUUGUGGACCAUCGCUGGCAAUGCUUCCAAGUCGAACGCGAACGCUCAGCAGUCGCUGCCAACCUCGGUUCAACCCUCCUUAGCGCUCCUAUAG